CGCGUUUCCAGACUCUGCGCCGCCCGCGAAUUUUGCUCGUCAAUCGAGGCUGCGGACAAGCGACGCCGACCACCACAGCCGUCGUCCACGCUGCCACCUCAAGGCGCAUCAACAGUAUUCAAUAGCGUCUGCAGUGCCACAAGGCGCCACCAUGUCUGGCUACAGUCCCUACGGCGGAAGGCCGCCGCCGCACUAUGCCCUUCCCAACUACCCUGGAUUCCCACCGGUUCAGGGAGCUGGAGGACCUCCGGGAAUGAUCCCGCCGCCAGGUCUAGGCCCACCGCCAGGCAUGUCCUCCGCCCCAGGGAUGGCGCCCCCUCCAGGCAUGCCGCCGCCAAAUAACAACCCCCAAGCUAAUCGACCGAGCGGCCUGCCCGGUUCCUUUCAGCCGCCCGCGAACCUCCCAAACAUCAACUUCAACGCGCCUGUCAUUCGGCUCGGUGGACCCAACCUGCCCAACAAGCCCAACGUCCCGGCAGCCGGGGCGGGAGGCGGUCGCGGUUUCAGAGGUGAGCCAGACACGCCCGUGUCCGCUAGCGGCGACCACCGGGCCGGCGAUGGCGACCGUGAGCCGCGCGACCGCGAUAGGGGAGCCCGCGGCGGAGGCGGUCGCGAGACUCGUCACCCCUACGACCGGGGCCUCGAACAGGCGCGGGCCAACGUGCGCGAGAGCAUGCAGAACCUCAUAUCCCCGACGGUCGAGGAUAAGCUGCGCACCGUCUUUGUUCGGAACAUUCCCGAGGGAGUUUGCGGUGAGGUUGGUCUCCAGAAGAUUCUCAACUCGGUCGGCCGGCUCAAGCGCUGGGACUCGGCCAAGUCGCAGAUGGAAGCCACCAAGGGCCACGUGUUUGGAUUCGCCCAGUACGAGGAUUUCGAUGCGCUAGCCACUGCUGUUGAGCUUCUCCGAAAUCUAAGGGUCCCCGCCAAAAAACAGGAACCAACCGACGGCGCGGGCGAGCCAGCCGGGGCCAAGGAGGACACGAAGGACCAGCCCAUGGAGGAUGUCAAGAAAGAGGCCAACGGCGAGCAGCAGAACGGGGACGACGCCGACAAUGAGAAGGCCGCCGACGAGCAGCCCGCCGAAGAGGACCUGUACCCGGGCAUCGACAAGGUGGUGCUGCGUGUGACGGUCGACGAAGCCACGAUUAAAUCCUUGGACCAUCACCGCUCCACACUGGGAGAUGACGGCCAGGCAAAGGCAAAGGCCAACCUCGAGUCGGCGCGCGCCAGGCUGAAGGAGGUGGUGCAUGACCUGUUCAGGCCGAGCGUCAAGGCCGCCAAGGACAGCGACGGCGACGUGGCCAUGAGGGAUGCUGCCGCGUCGGGAGAUGUCGAGGUCAUUAGUAUUCCGCUUGCCCAGGAUGACGAGCUAGCAGAGAUCCCACCCGAGAUGCGUGAAGUCGUAGCUGCCGAGAUUGCCGCCUUCCGCGAGCGUAGCAACCAGCGCGAUCAAGAGCGCCUGAAGCGAGAGGAGGAACUGGAGGAGCAGGAGCGUCAGCGCAGCAACGGCGGCCGUGCCUUGCGUGUGGACUCGCCGCCCGCCGGGUCCAACCAGACACCUAUCGGACCCCGCGUGCUCAACGCGCCAUCUGGCCCACGGGGCCAGAACGGCACCAGCCGACGCGACGGGCGCGACGGCGUAGCCUUUGUCAACGGCGGUGCCAUCAAUGGUGACGGGCAGUACUGGAGAGACGAUGACGACACAGACGCGAGCGACGAGGAGCUGCAUCAACGUGAGCUCUCCAAGCAAAAAGCCGACGACGACAAGCUGUACAACGAGGCAGAGCGCAAGUGGGCCAACCGCGAAAGGGCCCGUCAGGCAGCGCUGGACCGUGAGCAGGAGCGCGACCGAGGCGAGGCGGAGAACGCGGCCAGGAGGAAAACGGAGCAGCUUGAGCGCGAUCGUGGCUGGGACGACGAACGGGAGGCCAGUCGCAAGAGCCAUCUGUACUAUCGUGACAGAGGAGCGUGGGCUCGCAAGCGGGCGCAGGAGCUGGGAGAGGAGCGUACACGCGACGACGCGGACCGGCGUGCUGAGGCCGAGGAGCGGCGGCGCGAGGAGCGGCAGAUGGAGCAAGCCAAGGGCAUGGCCGACUCGUUCCUUGAGCAGCAGGAGCGCGAAAUGCUUCCGGCUGGCGGGGAGACCGUGGCUGGUGGCGCCGACGGGCGACCGGAGAGCGGGGCGCCCGCGGCAGCACCACAGCGCUUCACCAUCUCGCUGGGCGCAGCGGCCCAGAAGGCGCAGACGCAACGCGCGGCGCCAGCGCGGCGCACGUUUGCCGAGGUCGAGGGCCUGCUGGACGACGAGGAGGCGGACGGCAAGACGCGACGACAGCUGAUCCCCAUCAAGUUCGAGCCGCUGUCAGCAGGUCAGAUCAUGACGGAGGAGGAGGUCCAGAAGGCGGUCCGGUCGCUCGCGCAGGAGAUCCCGACGGACAAGGACGGCCUCUGGGCGUGGGAGGUGCAGUGGGACCACAUGGAGGAGUCCAUCAUCCAGGAGAAGCUGCGGCCGUUUGUGGAGAAGAAGGUUGUCGAGUAUCUGGGCGUUCAGGAGGAGAUCCUGGUCGAGGUAGUGAUGGACCACCUGCGCAAGCACGGCAAGCCGGCGGAGCUGGUGGAGGAGCUGGAGGGCGCGCUGGACGAGGACGGCGAGGACCUGGUCAAGAAGCUCUGGCGCAUGGUUAUUUUCUUCACCGAGAGCGAGAAGCGUGGGUUGCCGGCGUAGAAGACGGCAGCGGCAUGACUUGUCGGUUGCUUCCCGGUUGUUGACUUGAUACUUGAUACCAGCCUUGUUUGUGUGUAUGAAUAAUAUCAAUCAUGUUUUCAGGUUCG